UCUUGCCUUUCAAUGGCCCCCUAUUUAUUCUUCCCUGCAACACCAACCUUUUUGCCUUAGAAUAUGUCCUCAACAAACCACAAUAUUAUUAACCUUUUUCUCCCUCUCCUUUCAUCAACUUUUCAUAAUUCUAGGGAGUAGGUGAGAAGUCUAUGGCUAUAAGAAGAGAUGUUAUGUUUGUCUAGACUUUUCAUUCUUUCUUCAGUAAACCAAAAAAGAAGCCAAAACACAAAGAGGGUGUAGAAGCAGACAACUUUUUGUCUGACUUUAACUGUUUGAAAAGAAGUUCAUUCAUCAUCAAUCAUCGCCGUUCAAGACAAUCACACACAUUCAUAGCUACCAAUUAACAUGGCUUCAUCUAAUAGGCACUGGCCUAGUAUGUUCAAGUCUAAGCCCACUUACACCACUCAUCAAGAUCACCAAUGGCACUCUUCUGCCACCAACAGAUCAUCUCCUUACACUUCUGGAUGUGAAGAAAGAACCCCAGAGCCAAAGCCAAGAUGGAACCCUAAACCCGAACAAAUUCGGAUUCUUGAAUCCAUUUUCAACUCGGGUUUGGUGAAUCCACCAAGAGAUGAAAUCAGAAGAAUCCGAGCUCGGCUGCAAGAGUAUGGCCAAGUCGGUGAUGCCAAUGUUUUCUACUGGUUCCAGAACAGGAAAUCCAGGAGCAAACACAAAAACCGCCACCUCCAAAAACCGCAAAGCCACCAAUCUCGGACGGACUAUGCUGUUACCUCCAAGGCGGUAACCACCUCUUCCUCGUCUUCGGACGACAAGUCGUCGUCCAAGUCAAUUGAGUUCUUUUUGAACUCCCCUACUAUGUCGGUUAACCAACAACCGCACACCUAUUUAGGUGCUGGUGGUGGGAGUGGGAGCUCUAGUUCCAACCACCAGCACCACGGGGAGUUCUUUCAAGAACCUUUCUUUUCCCCCGUGGUGCAACAAAAAACUCAGGCUCCCACCGCCUCAAGUUUCACCCAAGGGUUUUGUUUUUCCGAGCUCGGUACUAUGAUUGAUCAAGGAAAUCAACAUGGAAAUGAUGGACAGAAAAUUGUGAGUAGCUCUGGGAUGUUGCUAACUGAUUUGAUGAUGAAUCAUCAAUAUGGAAUCCCAUCUAAGAAUUGUGGAGCCAAGGGGGUUGAAGAAGAUAAUAUUAUAAAAAUGUUGAGCCAUAGUACGCCACCACCGGCGCAGCUAGCAGCUCCUACUCUAGUUGUCCCUCCUUCUACAUCAACAACUAUUGCUCCAUCAACUAUUAGUGAUAUCCAAGGUGUGGAGGAAGCAGCUGGAACGGGGAAAGCCAUAGUGUUUAUCAACGAUGUGCCGUUUGAGGUGGCGGUCGGACAAUUUAAUGUGAAGGAGGCGUUUGGUGGUGAUGCUAUGCUCAUAGAUUCAUCCGGGCAGACUGUAUUAACCAAUGAGUGGGGGGUCACACUCCAGUCUCUCGAGCAUGGUUCGUUUUAUUACCUGGUGCGGUCAUUCACAUAUGAUCAUGCUGGCACCGUUGAUUUGAUUUAAAAGCUAAAUGAAGCAGAAGAACUGAUGAAGCCAUAUUCCAAUCUUUCAAUAUCUUGCAAUUAAUAUUUCUUUUACUGUUGUUUGCUUUUAAGUUGUUCUAGCUAAGUAGUAGUGGGGGAUGAGUUCAUCAACCUAUAGGUAAGAUUAUGUAAGGACUUUGUUUUGUAUAUUUUCGGCAUUUAUGGAGUAUCGAACCGAAGGCUUGUGAUUAGUAAAGCAUCAAGCCUCGGUGAUUGA